AUGUCAAACUCAAAACCAUUAUCAGUUACCGAUGUCGUCAGUACAUGGUACAUGAAAAAAUUAAAGAACACACCAAUUCAAACAAAGGCCAUCACAUCAGCUGUUCUUUCAUUCGCCAGUAGCGUUAUUGCUCAAAAAUUAAUUGAAAAGAAAAAUAUCGAUUGGUCAAGAGUAGCCAAAUUCACCGUUUGGGGUUUAAUUUCAUCACCACUUGUCCAUUUCUGGCACAUUAUUCUCGAUCGUCUUUUCAGAAAUAUUAAAGGUCAAUACCAAACUUGGGGCAAGAUGAUUGUUGAUCAAUUAGUAUUUGCACCAUUCAUCAAUAUUGCUUUUUAUACAGUUUUAGCUCUUUUAGAUGGUAAACCAAAAUCAAUUCUUUUCAAAUUAUAUUUUGAUCUCUUCCCAACCUUAAAAGCCAGUUGGAAAGUUUGGCCAAUUGCCCAAUUCAUCAACUUCAAAUUUGUUCCAAGUCACUUACGUGUUCUCUUUGGUAACCUCAUUGGUUUCCUUUGGGGUAUGUACCUUGCUGUCAUUUCAAGCAAAAAGAGAAACUAA